GUACAGUGGCUCCAAUUUACCGCUUCGGAAGUAUGAAACCUAGCAAAACGCCAUCUCUGCCGGUUUCAACAUCAAAACCCGUACAAGAUUCAAGAAUUUGAUUGAAAUAUUGGUUGUCGUUUCGUAACACGCGUACGUGAAAAAUUCAACCCUCCCCUGUCACGAAGUAAAGUGCCUUUCAUCGCGAGAUAGAUUUAGAUUUUCACGCAAGAAAGGUUAGAAUACUCGCAAGAAUACAUCGGUGUGAUCAUAUUGUAAGGAGUAUAACUGUGGGUAUUGCGAAAGAGGGGCUACAUGUUGGAUGGUAAAAAAAAAAAAAAAAAAAAAAUCAUCGGCAUCGACACACGUGAGAGUAAAGAUUGUUGCCGUAGCACCGUUGGGAGAUAAUUUACAAGUUGAUUUAACGUGAAAGUAAAAGUGUAACAGUGUAUUCUACUAAUCUUUUGAAGUUCAAACAUAUUGUUGUAAAAAAAUUUCAACGUAUGAAAAUCAGUUAACUAUCACCGAUAUCAAAGAUUAACGAGUGCUACAUGAUAGGUUAUAAGGCCAUUAAUGAAAAGAAUGCGUGAACCGUAUAACGUAAGACGCGCCCGCCAUAAGACUCUUAUUUCCGCGAACAGAAAAUUCUUUGAUCAAUGCAAGUGAAACAUCAUAAUCUAAACGAUAUGAUUGCUGACUUUGUGUUAAAAAAUUAGAUUCCGCAUAUUUCAGCUGUCUAAAAUUCAUCCCAUGUGUUUCAUGCGUGCAUAUAAAUAGCAUUUGUAACGGCCACCAAAUCGCGAGAUACGUUACGCGAUAGCUUCUUGGCGGGAGAUAUGGGAUAUACUUAGCACUAAUUUUACUCGUCUACUCAUAUCUAGAGGUUUUUCAGUUUUUUUUUUCUAACGCCAAACAACUGCGUCAAAUUUCGGGUUUGCAACAUUGAACCCAUAGAAUCUACAAAUAAUAAAAAAAUAAAAUAAACAGUAUUGAAUACAUACAAUAAAAAUGUAUUUAGAUGAUUAUUUCGUACUUAAUUUAACGUCUUUUGCUGGUGUUUUUUUUACACUGAUUAUCACCUGCCUCACCGUCAUCCAAAAGCUGAAAAACAGGUGGCCCAUUAAAGUAAACUGCUGGUUUUGCAACAAUGAUUCUAAAAUUUGUAGACAACAGAGAGAUUGGUGGCUAUGUCCAUUCUGUGAGCAGUACAAUGGAUUUACAGAGAACGGUGACUACAAUUACGAUAUAACCGAACAACACAAAGGUCUGACGAAAAACUCAGUAAGAUAUUGCGAGUUGUCUACUCGGAAGGAAUCAUCAAAAAAAAAUAGUCUUUGUUCAAGAUGUAACAGAAAUGAAGAGAUUAAAAUGUUACAUCUAGCAAAUUUCGAACCUUCUUCCAAUAAAAAAUACGAUCAUGAACUUGGGAUAUUAAAACAUGAAUUGGAGGAAAAGUACAAGUUAUGCCAAAAGUGUUCCAAAGUCGUUGAAGGUGUUCUGAAUAAACAGGCAUCGUGGCUUUUACAAUAUAAGAUGGCAUUUUUCAAGAAUAAACCUAUUCAGCAUAUCAUCAAUAAUGCAGGAAAAUGGGAACGUGUAUUCCGAAUUCUUUUAACAAUAUUGAAUUCAGCAAUGUUAUUCGACGCCACCUUUUGGCCGGUUCCAAUAGCAGGACUGUUGCUACAGUUGGGUGCUUGCAUUACAACUCCUGCCAACAAACAAGGCUUGGAUACGCUGAUAGCAUUUUUUUGGAUUUUUAUUAUCAUUUUAAUGCCAUUCACAGAACUAAAACUGCUGAAAAUUCAUUUAAAAAAUGAAUAUUUUACUGUAGAAUAUAUCACGCAAUUUCAUGUGAUAAUGGGAUUAACUGUGAUAAUUGGUCUUAUGAAUUUGAGAUCUAGUUUGUUCACCGUUGCAGUGAAGCCAAAUAUUACUUUGAAGAAACUAGAAUCACCUAACAGUAAAAAGAUUCAAUCGGCAUAUGUCGGAACAACUGCUGCAAGGAUGACACCAUUCGUCGAAGAAAAAUUGACUCAAAAUGAAAAUAUAGAUAUUAAAAGGUGCCGAUCACCUGUUAAUAUUACAAACUUAUUAAUGACACCUGUGUCUGUUGAAACGCCAAUGCCCAUCAAACCAACUACACUUAUGCAAAACUCAGCGAUGUUCCGACACGACCCCAUGGGAAAAACAUCAUCCAGUCAAAUUUAUCAUCCGCAGCAGUAUUCAAGUACAUCAAAUUGGAAUGGUUUUUCAAUCAAAUCCCUGGACGACAAAAAUUCUCUAAACGAAAGUCUAAGCACACUGAGUUCUCUCUCAUUGAGUAAUAGUGAUCGCAAACAAAUAUCUAAAACUCCGAAAAUAUUUCAAACUAAAGUCUAUGAUUCUCCAAGUCCUGAUUUAUUUAGUAAAAUGAACAGAUCAUCAAACAGAAAAUUCGUUCUAAGUCCCCCAAAACUCAAAUCCGUUACACAAACGUCUUGGGUAGCCGGUGGAUAUUGGCAGGCAGGUAUGAACGCUACAACACUAUCUAGAUCAUCUAGUCAAAGUUCUGGAUUUGGCUCAACAGGCUCAAAUUUUGUCCCAUCCAGAGAACCUUCUAUCUACAAUGAUUUAGAUCGAUAUUCUGUUGUCUCGGACAUGACGCAAUGUUGCCACAUGUCGAGGCAUAACAGCAUCAAUUCAAUCACUUCGUGCUGCCGUCAAGGCUCUGCAUUUUCAUUUCAAAGACCUGACAGUCCCGUCCUUUGUCAGUUUCCAAAAAUACCUCAAGAUAAAAACUUAAUUCAGAACAGUGGCCUGUCACAAAAUUUUCAAGCCAGUAACCUUUUUCAAAAUUACCCUUCUGCAACAAAUGGAAAUAAUAAUAAUCAUAGUAAACACAAUAAUAACCAUGUCCAAGACGUACCGAUGCAAACUAUUCACACGACUGUUCUAACAAGUCCAGUCUGGUUACCUGCCUUGCUGUGCGGUUCUUUAGUAUUUAAUAUGGUAGUAUUGUGCACUACACUUCUACGUUAACGCACUUGAGCAUUAUUAAAAAUAGGCUCUCAAUUGGGGUAUAAUUACUUUGUUAUAUUUAGCCUGUGCAGAAAUAUUCAAUUCAACAAAAUAAUUGGGCAUAUUCCACAGAUAAACUUGUCACUUUUGCCAUAACUCUCACUUUAUAUAUUUUAACUGUUUGUCAGUCAUUGCAAUUUGCUGACAUUGGACAACACUGAAGCAGGCUGGUAGCAACCCAUUCCUUGGACUACCUAAACGAAGUAGAGGAAUCCCACCAGAUUUCAGUAUCUGAGUGAAUUACAAAAAAAAGUUGCAAUAGUUUCUAUCUCUAAUUACAAUUAAUAUAAAGUAACGAGUUACAUUGUUUGAUUUUUUUUUUUUUUAAAUUAACAUUUAUGUCAGAUUUACUUGCUUGAAUGAGAUUGUUUGACUGCUAUCAGCCGUACUAUACUUGACUCUAGUGUUGUUGAGUUGAUUCAAUUUUUUUUUAUAAUUAUGAAAAGUGUCUGUUCAGACUCAAUUUCAAUCAAUGACGCAGCUUUUAGCGAAACAGGAGAAUGCUAACUGUUUCGUUCGUAUAUUGGGGUACACAUAAGACUUUCAAUUUUACAACUUUCAGAGGACUUUUGAUAUUAUAAAUUAUACCUAUUGAUUUUUGCAAUGCUCUUCACAAAAACUGUAAUACGUAAAAGAAGUUUUUGAUAUUUAGUAAGCUUACGAAGUCUGGAAAAAACAUUUAAACUAACGCAUAAAAGCGUUAUACUAUGCUGUGUUAAGAAAUUAUUUAAGCCGCAUUUGUGUUAUAAUUUUACAAUUUGUGAUAUAAUUACGUAGUAGUAUAAUCCCUAUUCCGUAAAGACCACCAAUUAUGCUGGUGCAAAAUUACACAUAAAUUUCAGUAAUAUUGCUCACAGAUUGUUUGCUGGUAAUCAAGAUGAAUUGUUCAUAGAAUUUUCAAUUUAGACCUUCGUUAUGAAAUUACGUUUAAUAUUUGUUGAUGGGUAAUGGCAUGAUUUUUCGCUGGAACACCAUCAUUAUCGACAGCAGAAUUGCAAUUAUAACAGUACUGCCAGUACCAAUAUACUAUUCUCUAUUUAUAUUUUCAACAGUUACUAUCACAGAGCUUCCAAAUAGUUGAUUUAAUAAACUGUGAACCAAUAAGACUGCGGUAAACAAAUUUUGUUCAUAUACUAUACAUAUUACAUACACCUUUUUUGCCAGUGUAAGUGAAAUAAAAUUUUUCAGUUAGCACGUACAGUGAGUGAACUCUGUGAAGUAAAUUUGUACCGUGCUAUCUGAAAAAUUUCAAUGUUAAAGAGUUUCGAAAAUAUUUCAUAUAUUGUACAAAGUGGAUACGUCUUACAUACAUACAUACAUCAAUACGUAAUUUAAUCACGAUUUUGUACAGAACACUUUACCUAUGGUGUAUUUGUUAAACGAAAAAUUCUAUUUGUUAAACCCGUUGAAUGCAUUCAAAAUAAACGUGAAUAAAAUAAUGGAAUGGUAUGAAUUUCCCAGACUUUUUUUUUAAGCAAUGAUUUAAUUUCUGAACUCCACUCAUCGUUUGCGAGAGACAAUUUUAUUUUCUUAAAAAGCUGCUGCACUUUCACAUGUUGGAUCGUUUCAUUCGCAUAUGACGAAAAACUUGUUCCAAGUGAUACUGAGCUGGUGAUUUACUGUUAAAAAGUCGACCGUUUAGAAAUAACA